AUGGGCGGAGUGCCGUCCAUCCCCACCGACAAAAGCCGGACCGUGCAGGUCAUCAGCGCCGGCUACUCGCGCACCGGCACCGUGUCCAUAGCGCUGGCCCUGGAGAAGCUGCUUGACGGGCCGGUCAUGCACGGGGGAACGCAUUUGUUUGGCCGAGAGGACGGUGAGUCGAACUUGAUGACCUGCGUGAAAGAGGGAGACUUAUACGAUAAUAUGCUAGCAUAUGCCAAGCUCUGGUGCGACAUCUUUGCCAACCGCAACAACAAGCCCGUCCUGAUGAAGCUGCUCCGAGAGGCCACCGCCGGCUUCGUCGCCCUCACCGAUAAUCCCUCCAUUGCCUUUGUCACGGAGCUGGCCGAGCUGUAUCCCGACGCCAAGGUGAUUGUUGUGGAGCGCGACGCAGACCGCUGGAUGAAGAGCAUGGCGUCCUUGCUUGAGGGGGCCAACAUGGACACCUGGUGGUUCGUCAAGCUGCUGGUGUGGCCUUGUCCGACCUGGAGGUGGGCGCCCAUCUUUUUGCAGGGAAUUCAAGACCGCGACGAGGAGCGUUUUGGAAUGUCAUGGAACAAGGGAUGGUCUGCAGGCAAGUAUAAUACUAAAACUCUGUCCGUAUACAACGGCUGGGUCCGCAAACACAUCGCCCCAGAGAGGGUCCUCACCAUGAAGCUCACAGAUGGCUGGGAGCCGCUGGCCAAGUUUCUCGACAAGCCGGUUCCUGACGAGCCGUUUCCUCACGCCAACGACGGCGAGACCAUGCGGAAAUAUGCAAAGAGCUUGUUCCGCAAGGCGACACUUGUCUGGAUUAUGGUCCCUAAUGCAGGUGCAAAAUUCCUGCUUAGCGUCCCUGUCCAAAACCCCCAUCCUGUUCCGCUUCAAUCUCCCAUCUCCAUCUCAUCUUAUCCCGUCACGGGUCCUGCUGUCAAUACCACCAUCACUGCUGCUGUCCCCUUUUUCUGGGACUCUUCUGGGACUAACACCGCAGUUGUCAGCAUCUCCAUCAGACAGCGUCAAAAGCCGCACAGCAAUUUCCCUCUCGCUGGGCAUCAGUGCUCACCAACUAUUGCGGCCCGCUCAUUUCAGCUCCACGACGCCGCCGCCGUCGAUAGCCUGGAGAUGGAUUUCUCCCAGCAGCAAGACUUUCUCCCCUCACACGACGCCGACACGAGUAUGAUGAGCCAAGGCCCCGACGACGUCAUGGGCGGCUUCGACGGCGCAUCCGACGCCGCGCACAGCAACGGCUACCACCACCAGCAGACGCCGUCGCUCGACAACAGCCUCUCCGGCAGUGUCAGGCACGACGAGGACUCGCCCAGCCGCCAGACACCGCCCGUCGGGGGCCCCUCGUCGCUGUCGAGACCGGCCAGCGGCCUCUCGAACCCGGCGGCUCCGUCGUACAACGACUACCGGCCCAGCUCUGGCGACCAGUCCAACGGCCGCAACCAUGUCGUGAUCAAGGUCGGCAUGGUGGGCGAUGCGCAGAUUGGCAAGACGUCGCUCAUGGUCAAGUACGUCGAGGGCAGCUGGGACGAGGACUACAUCCAGACGCUGGGCGUCAACUUUAUGGAGAAGACCAUUUCCAUCCGCAACACCGAAAUCACCUUUUCCAUCUGGGACCUGGGCGGCCAGCGCGAGUUUGUCAACAUGCUGCCGCUGGUGUGCAACGACGCCGUCGCCAUCCUCUUCAUGUUUGACCUGACGCGCAAGAGCACGCUCAACAGCAUCAAGGAGUGGUAUCGCCAGGGGCGCGGAUUCAACAAGACGGCUAUCCCCGUCUUGGUCGGCACCAAGUACGACCACUUUGUCAACUUUCCCAUCCAAGACCAGGAGGAGAUUUCCAAUCAGGCGAGACGGUUUGCCAAGGCCAUGCGCGCAUCAUUAAUCUUUUCAAGUACAAGCCACAGCAUCAACGUACAAAAGAUUUUCAAAAUUGUUCUUUCCAAAGCGUUCGAUCUCAAAUGCACCAUUCCCGAAAUCGAAAAUGUCGGCGAGCCCUUGUUAUUAUAUCAGUCUGUCUGA